GCUUGCAGUCCGAAACUCCGUUCUCCACUGUACUGGAAAGCGGAACGGGCAAAAAGAAAAAAAGAAAAAAAAAAGAAGAAAAAAAAAAAACCAAAAUACAGGAAAAGCCUCUGUUUUUCCUCCUCGCUUUAACCCGAGACUGUUUUUCUGUCCUACAUUUUCCUCAGUUCAAUGAAAAUGAAAAAUUUUCCUAUAAUCCAUCCAUCCAACUCAAUUCCCAAGACUCCCUUAAAACACAUCUCCUUCUAAUUAUAUCAUUUAUGUUUUCCUGCCCCCCUCUAGGGUUUCUUGUUUUGGUCAUUUCCCCUUCUCCUAUUCUUGGGUUUUGUACUAAAAAGAGAAAUCACUGUUCUUUGGAGCUGGAAAAGGACCUCCGAAUCGGGGUAACGGAGUUCAAUUCCUUGUUCCUUUGAGGUGGUUGCGGAAUGGCGGUGGAGAUCCGGCUGGAAUGGGAGAUCUUGUGCUAGAUUGAUCCCGAGGUUGGUUUCCGGUGUCGAGUGUGGAGCAGUAGUGUGAUGGUAAUUGGAGUUUACUGUGAAGAGGAGGAAGAAUUCUGCUCUGGAAAAUGCAUUUCGCAAAGCUUGAUGACUCUCCUAUGUUUCGCAAACAGAUACAAUCCAUGGAGGAAAGUGCUGAGAUCUUAGGGGAGAGAAGCUUGAAGUUUUACAAAGGAUGUAGAAAAUACACCGAAGGACUGGGGGAGGGAUAUGAUGGGGACAUUGCCUUUGCAAGUGCUCUUGAAACAUUUGGUGGAGGCCAUAAUGACCCUAUCAGUUUGGCUUUUGGAGGGCCUGUUAUGACAAAGUUUACCAUUGCAUUAAGAGAAAUUGGGACAUACAAAGAAGUUCUUCGAUCUCAGGUUGAGCAAAUGCUAAAUGACAGAUUGCUACAAUUUGUCAAUAUUGAUUUACAUGAGGUCAAGGAAGAACGGAAGCGUUUUGACAAGGCUAGCCUCCUAUAUGAUCAGGCUCGUGAGAAGUUUCUUUCACUGAGGAAAGGUACGAAGGGCAACAUAGCUAAUGUUUUAGAAGAGGAACUUCAUAAUGCAAGGUCUGCAUUUGAGCAAGCUCGCUUUAAUCUGGUAAGUGCAAUUUCAAAUGUUGAAGCAAAAAAGAGGUUUGAAUUUCUAGAAGCAGUAAGUGGGACAAUGGAUGCACAUCUUCGAUACUUUAAACAGGGAUAUGAGUUAUUGCAUCAAAUGGAGCCAUACAUAAAUCAGGUGCUAACUUAUGCACAACAAUCGAGGGAGAGGUCCAACUAUGAGCAAGCAGCUCUCAGUGAAAGGAUGCAAGAAUACAAAAGGCAGGUUGAUAGAGAGAGUAGAUGGUCUUCUGAUGGUUCAAAUGUGUCUCCUAAUGGGGAUGGUAUACAAGCCAUUGGUAGAAGUUCACAUAAAAUGAUAGAGGCGGUUAUGCAAUCUGCUGCAAAGGGAAAGGUUCAAACAAUUCGACAAGGUUAUCUGUCAAAACGUUCCUCAAACUUGAGAGGAGACUGGAAAAGGCGAUUUUUUGUCCUCGAUAGCCGAGGAAUGCUGUAUUACUAUCGCAAGCAAAUUGGUGGUAAAUCAUCGGCUUCUGGAAGUCAGCUUUCUGUUCAGCGGAAUAGUUCUGAACUUGGAUCUGGAUUGUUAAGUAGGUGGCUUUCUUCUCACCACCAUGGUGGUGUCCAUGAUGAGAAAUCUGUUGCUCAUCACACGGUGAACCUGCUUACGUCAACCAUCAAAGCUGAUGCUGAUCAGUCAGAUUUGAGAUUUUGUUUCAGGAUCAUUUCACCAACAAAGAAUUACACUUUGCAGGCUGAGAGUGCACUAGAUCAAAUGGAUUGGAUUGAAAAGAUAACUGGGGUUAUUGCCUCAUUACUAAGCUCUCAAGCUCCUGAGAGGUGUUUGCCUGCUAGUCCAAUGGGGAGUGGUCAUCAUCGAUCGGCUAGUGAGAGUAGUUCAUUUGAAAGUUCUGAUUUUGAUCAUACUGCUGAAGAAUAUACCUCUGAGAGGAACCAUGUUAGUGCACAUCAUGAACGCCAAUCAAGAAGUUUGCAGCAUCAAAGGGCCUAUGUAAAAAGUGAGAAGCCAAUAGAGGUGUUGCGAAAAGUAUGUGGGAAUGAUAAAUGUGCAGACUGUGGUGCCCCUGAACCAGAUUGGGCGUCCUUAAACCUUGGUGUUCUUGUUUGCAUUGAAUGUUCUGGUGUUCACCGUAAUCUCGGUGUACAUAUAUCUAAGGUGAGAUCACUUACUCUUGAUGUAAAAGUGUGGGAGCCUUCUGUUAUAAGCUUGUUUCAGUCUUUGGGCAAUGCAUUUGCUAACUCAGUCUGGGAGGAACUUUUGCAAUCAAGAAGUACCUUCCAGGUUGACAUUGCCUCUACAGGCUUAUACAAGUCAGAUAAGCCCCAGCUACUUCCUGUGGGAAAACCUUGCUACUCCGAUUCAAUAUCACUAAAGGAGAAAUUUAUUCAUACAAAGUAUGCUGAAAAGCUUUUUGUUCGCAAGCCAAGAGACAAGCAAUAUCCACAUUCAGUAGCACAAAAUAUUUGGGAGGGUGUUCGUGCAAAUGACAAGAAAGCAGUAUAUCGUUACAUUGUUAAUUGUGAAGCAGAUGUGAAUGCUGUGUACAAACAAGCCUCACCUGGCUCUUCUUUGACCCUCGCCAAAGUAAUGCUACUACAAGAGCACUCGAACCUUAAUAACAGAUCUGGUUCCUUACCAGGGGAAGCUUUAGACAGGUCUUCUAGUUUGGAUUUGGCAGGUACAAGUGAGGGCCAAACCAUUGGGGAUCUUGAUGGUUGCUCCCUCCUCCACCUUGCUUGUGAAACUGCAGAUAUUGGCAUGCUUGAACUUCUGUUGCAAUAUGGUGCAAACAUAAAUGCAACUGAUUCAAGGGGUCAGACCCCACUCCAUCGCUGUGUACUUAGAGGCAAAGGUGCAUUUGCUAAAUUACUUCUUACCAGGGGAGCAAAUCCGCAUGCUGUAAACGAGGAAGGUAGAACUGCAUAUGAGCUUGCAGUAGAGUCUGACUUUGAUGAUAGUGAAGUCCUUGCUCUAUUAUCAGAUUCAAACGGGUAACUUCCUGCGAAAGCAGAAGUUAUAUAGGGCCAACUGAAUCGAACCUUCAGAAUGAAAUUUAACAGAUGUGUCGAGUUUUUUAUGAUUAUAAUAAUAUUUAUAAAUGUUUAAGAGCUGAUUUCUCCAUUGAAAGAGAUACACACCCCUACUGUUGUAAGGGCUUAUAAGAGUGGAGAGUGCAGAGUGGUAGGUUUGUCAUGCCUGCCCCAUGGGCACAUGCAAAUUAGUAUCUGAAGGUUGUAAUUUAAAAUGGUCUCAUUGCCUGAAACCGAGAGAAGCUCGAAGAUUUUCAGACAUAAAGCCUUGUUGUGAGGGAUGUGUUUUGGGUUUGUUUGUUCCUUUCCUGUUGAGGUAAUUAUGGCAUUUUGUAUUGUAUGUACAUUUGAUCAUUUUAGUGAAUUGUUAGUUGUGGUUGUAUUCUUCAUAGGUGUGUUAUUUUUUUAUAUUUUGGUACAUUAAAAGUGUUAAGUGCUU